CGGCCGCCCGCCUUCGAGCGCACGCGCAUCCACGUCACGUCGGGAACACGAAUAUAAAAGGACGAUUUUGGCGCAUAUGGAUACUGGAUGAAAACUUUCAAAUAUGUCCUUCAGAAAUUGCUAUGAACCCACAACAUAUGGCCGGAACCGUGAUACAGGAAGAACAAAUUCUACCACAGAUAGACCCACGACAGUCACAGCCAAAUAUAUGAGCCCCACGUCUUCAUAUAAAACAUCUAGUAUCCCCGUCCUCUGUAAUGACCGUUCUACACGAGAAGAGACACCAAUUUCAACUGUCGCAAGUCGCUACGCAAGCUACAAUAAGGCUGAUAAAAUUAAUAAAUAUGACAAAAAAGAUUUUAAUAAACUUUCGGUUCCUACAACGACUACUAGUAAAACCAGAGACGUUAGUCCAGUAUCAAUAAGUGCUAAGUAUGGUUUAAAUAGAACAUCAAGGCACAUAAGCCCUGAUCGAAGAACAACGAAGAGUUUAAAAGAAAAGAAAAAUGACGCCAUCACUACUGAUCGUGACAAAGACAUUCCAAGCAAGACUGAUAAGUCUGCAGGCUAUAGUAGCCUGUCGAGCUAUAAAUUGUACCCACGUUCUUCUAGUUACACCAGAACUCCAACAAGGGCUGAAACUAAACCAGAAGUAACUGUUAACAGAUACGCAAUAGCAAGUCGUUUAUCUACAAGCUACUUAAAAAGCCCAACGCUAGUUAAAAGAACGUCAGUAUCACCGGUAAAUGUUAAUGAUUCUGCUAAAAUAGAAAAUGGUCAACAUGAACCAGUUUUAAACGAAAAAGAUACUAAAUCAAAAAGCAAAGCAGAUGAAGAAAAAGAAAAUGACGAAGUAAAAGAUAUAGAAAAUAAUAACGAGGUUGAAACCAUUAAUGUUGUCACUCGUCAUACAUCACCAACACCUCCAGGCUCGUCAGCAUACGUAAGGAGUAGACGAGCUGAACUAGCAAAAACAAUUGAAAAAACUAUAUCUCGUUUAAAAAAGAGGCCUGAGAUGGUUCAUAAGGAAAUUCAAUCGGACAGAUUAGAUGAUUCUACAAGAUCGAGCAGAUUUGGUAGUACAAGUAGAACAAGUCUCACGAAUUGGUCAUAUUAUUCACCAACUUCUCAUAAUUAUACAGGAUAUGCUGGAAGAUAUUCAACACAAUAUUCAAAUUUGAGGGAAAAUUCAUCAAUCAAUAAUUACGAAAAAAAUAGUCGAAUCAGUGCAGAACCUUUAUCAAAAGAUAAUUCAAAUCAUUCUAUACAUCUAGAGAACCAUUUUGAAUCUGAUAGAAUAGAGAACACUGAGGACAUAACAACCAACUCAAUCGAAAGCCCUGAGUAUAAUAACUCACUAAACGAAUGUAAUAAUUCAGAUAUAGUUGUAAAUGUUAAUUUAAAGCUUAAGAAAGUUAAAGAUACUUCAGCAGAACUGAGUACACCUGAAAUAACUUUAACAAACAGUAAUUUGCCACCUCAAGCUCCUAAACAGGAUGGACCACAGAAAGUAAAAAAAAAUAAAGUUCGUAAAUCAAGCACAGACUCAUCGUCCGAUUCAACUACCAAGAAGAAGGUCGUUAAAAAGAGAAGUAAAUCUGUCAGUUCCACAGAUUCUGAGCAAAGUAAUGAUACAAAUAAAAACAAAGGAUUACGAGUAAGUUCAUCAUCUAAAAUAUUGUCUAAUAAUGUUUCAAGCACUAAUUUACAAAAUGGUCCAGUAAAAUUGGCACAAUCUAAAUCUAGAGAAAGUAAUAGCCCCGAAUCAAGUAUAACCUUAUCAACUCAAUCAUCAGUAAGUGAAGAAGAAAGUAAUCUGAAAUUAAACUGCAACGAAAUACGGUCUCCGAUGUGCGAUGACAAAAUAAUAAAACAAGCAUCCCCAGUGCGAACUAUUAAAAAUGACGGAGGAACUGAAGAAGCAAAGUCGUUUUUAAUAAGAGCUUUGGCUCCUGUUACAAAUCUUUUUAAACUUAAGCACCAAGAAUCUUUUGAAAACGUACGUAACGAUAGAACAAGUUUCAUAUCAGACAAUAAUAUAAUAAGUAAAAGUAAAAAUAAUUCUGAAAACAUAAUAGCUUCAAAUGAUGAUGGUUUAGUAAAAUUAAAAUCUAUUCGCCCAAUUGAAUCCCAAGAUAGAAAGUGGUGGCUAGAUUCAGAUGAUGUGGAAUCGUUUAAACAACAACGAGAAAUGGUACGACAAAUUGAGUCUAGUAAAGAACUUCAAAACGAGAAGCAAAUUCCUCAAUUGAAUGUAACUGAAAGCGUCGAAUCCAUGAAACCUUUGAAAAAGUACUUAUUAUGCGAUGAUGAGAAGCCAUGGUGGUUAGAUAGCAGCGCUAAUAUACCUGAAGGUAUUCAACGUCUGACACCUCCUAGAAAAUCGUCGAGCGACAGUGAUAAAAGUGAUAAAGGUUCAUUUUUAAAAACUAAGAGCAAUGAUUCGGAUGAAAGAAAAGAUUGGCGAAUGUCAAAUAGUGGUAGUUGUUCUCAAAUCAAUUUAGCAGAUAACCAAUCUAGCUUGAGUAGAUCCAAUUCAGAGAUAAGAAAUUUCCCUCUGAGACGUAUACGUCAUGUAGAAUCAGGUGAACGUCCUUGGUGGUUAAGUAGCACGAAAAACAUUCCAGAAGGUAUCGAAAAAUUACCACCACCUACACCCGAACAUGGUAGUGAUAGUUCAGACUCUGAAGACGGUAACCUGUAUAUGGCUUCAGAAUUGCCUCCGUUUCCAUUACACCUACCCGACGAAGAACCAUUAGGAGUCAGAAAAAGCCCUGAAGGUUUAGAAACUCCUGGCAAUGAAAUGUUUCGUGGCCGUAUUUCUCCUUAUGAAAAUUACCAGUAUUUUAGAAAAAAUUCCAAUCAGGCUGCUUAUCAGAAAUAUUCUGAAAAAUUCAUAUCACGUUUUACUGACAUCGAUGAUAUAUUAGGCACAUCUGGACAGAUUUAUAGUCCUUUUAUGGACUCUAUAUUAGCAAGAAGGACUGGGCAUAUGGCAUUUGAAGACGACGAUUGCGAAGAAAUUGAUCCAACACAAGUUCGCAUACACGACAGCACUGCUCAAAUACCAGUCAUAAAGAAACUGCCUUGCAGAAGCGAUAUACUGGACUAUCGAGACGAAGACCAGAACGGUUUAAAUGUUUGUCCGAAAAGUGACCGAUCUUAUCCUAAGUUGGCGUAA